GGCCCGCGACUACUUUGUGUGCCGGGGCUGCGCGCUUAAGUCCUCCGGCUCAGCUCACCGUCUGGGCCGGUCUGACCUAGCUCUUCGGCCCACUGCUCUGCAUCGCGGGCGCCAGGAAUUUCCCGAGUGCGUGCGGGUAGGAAGCAUCCUAGGGAACCCCUCCUCCCCAAAGUUCUCUUUCCCGUUUUGAAUAAACUUCCGCUUCAAAGGGGCUGUCGCAGCCGCGGGUCGGGAGAGAGGCUAGGCAUCAAACUCAGGCCCUUGUGGGAGGUCUUUCUGUCGGGGCAGAUGUAGAAACAGUUCUCACAAGAUAAAACAGGGCUCCGCUAAUUGCAUGUGGGUGCGAUGCCAUUCUGUGGUCACGCCGCUAGCUGCAGCCGAACGGCCAGACCUGGGCUACAGGGGCUGAGCAGCAGCGAUCACCUCUAAAAAGUAGCAAGGAGCCUGCUUCAGUACUAGUGCUCCUUAGGGCCGCGGGCUGCACUGGCAUGGGCCAGUCCUUCCCCCGGCUAUCGAGAAUAUGGCAUUCCCGGGAGAUGGCGCUCCCGGGAGUGGGGAGUUCGGCUCGACUCGCCCCCAGCAGUCUCCGGCCUGCAGGCAGUAGAGGGCGGCCUGUGCUCGUGUAGGAGCCGGCGCCCGAGCGCAGUUGUUGCCCUGUUGGAAGUCUCCCGGUCCCUCUGUGGCCCGCGGCUCCCUGGCAGCGGAUGCUGCAGCUACGCUAUCCACGGCUCAGCUAGAAGGGGGCGGGAAGAAGCCGUGGCACAUGCCAGGGUCGCCGUAGGUGGCAGCCGCCGGCGCAUGCGCGCCCUCUCCCAGAAGCCUGUAACGCUGAGGGGCGCGCGCCCCCACCCGCGCGCGCACGCUUGCGCUAGCCAAGGCUUCCCCGCCUGCGCUCGUUGUCAGAGCCGCUCCGGCGCGUGCGCGCGUUAUCUCCGGCAGACCCGAGUAGCCAGGUUCCCUAAGCUCCAGGCCCCCGCCCCACAUCGCCCCCUCCCAGCCCCAGUCAACCCGUCCCCUUCCUCUCCUCGCGGAAUGGGGCCGGCGCUGCUCGGGGUCGCGCGCCAGGGACCCGGCUCGCGCUCGGUCUCGCGCUGUCAGCGACUGCCCCGCUCGCGCCGCCUCGCGCUCUCGCUCAGUCAGUGGCGCCGAAGGCUCCGUUAAGCGGCGGCGGCGGUUCCUGUUUCCGUUUCUUCGUCUCCCUUCAGUCGGGAGUAGCAUCCUCCACCCAGCCACCCCUCCCACUCCCCAACGGGGCAGCUGCAGCUGAGGGCUGUGGCGGCGGCGGUGGCGGCGGCUACUGGGGACGGCGGAGACCGCCUCUGCUCCCGCCUCGGGUUGCUGCUUUUGCUAAGAGAGUACCCAUGACCCUGAUGGUAUUUUCAUUCAAGAUAAAGUGUUCUGUUGCCUUUAUUGAUUAACUGAACGAAUUCAGUGAUAAUUUUAGUGACCCAGAUUCAAGCAAUAAUAUCUUCCUUUUGGAAAUACCAUGUGGUUUUGUACGCUUGUGUUCUAGUGGAAGGAAGAUGUCUGGUCUAGACAUGGGAAGAUACUUGGCUGUGGAAAACCUUGCAGUAGAAUCUGGAAUCAGCGUGUAGAGUCCAUGAAGCACAAGACAGUAAAGCUUCUUACUCAUACCACCAGGAGGAUCUCCUUGAAAGAUUCACUACAGGACUACCAGAGACACAAAUUCUCUGAAGCAUGAUGUGUUGAAACAACAAAAGGCUACUGCUUACGCACUAGCUACAAACAGACUUAAGAUGUUUCCAAUUCUUUGAGCUCCGGGAAGCCAGGGGAGUGAGUUGAAAAUCUGAAAAUGCGGCCAUGGACUGGUUCCUGGCGUUGGAUUAUGCUCAUUCUUUUUGCCUGGGGGACCUUGCUGUUUUAUAUAGGUGGUCACUUGGUACGAGAUAAUGACCACCCUGAUCACUCUAGCCGAGAACUGUCCAAGAUUCUGGCAAAGCUUGAACGCUUAAAACAGCAAAAUGAAGAUUUGAGGCGAAUGGCUGAAUCUCUCCGGAUACCAGAAGGCCCCAUUGAUCAGGGACCAGCCUCAGGAAGGGUUCGUGCUUUAGAAGAGCAGCUUUUGAAGGCCAAAGAACAGAUUGAAAAUUAUAAGAAACAAACUAGAAAUGGUCUGGGGAAAGAUCAUGAAAUCCUAAGGAGGAGGAUUGAAAAUGGAGCUAAAGAGCUCUGGUUUUUUCUACAAAGUGAAUUGAAGAAAUUAAAGAAUUUAGAAGGAAAUGAACUCCAAAGUCAUGCAGAUGAAUUUCUGUCAGAUUUGGGACAUCGUGAAAGGUCUAUAAUGACGGAUCUAUACUACCUCAGUCAAACAGAUGGAGCAGGUGAUUGGCGGGAAAAAGAGGCCAAAGAUCUGACAGAGCUGGUCCAACGAAGAAUAACAUAUCUUCAGAAUCCCAAGGACUGCAGCAAAGCCAAGAAGCUAGUAUGUAAUAUCAACAAAGGCUGUGGCUAUGGCUGUCAACUCCAUCAUGUGGUCUACUGCUUCAUGAUUGCAUAUGGCACUCAGCGAACACUCAUCUUGGAAUCUCAGAAUUGGCGCUAUGCUACUGGUGGAUGGGAAACUGUGUUUAGACCUGUGAGUGAGACCUGCACAGACAGAUCUGGCACCUCCACUGGACACUGGUCAGGUGAAGUAAAGGACAAAAAUGUUCAGGUGGUUGAGCUCCCCAUUGUAGACAGUCUUCAUCCUCGUCCACCAUAUUUGCCCCUGGCUGUACCAGAAGACCUUGCAGAUCGGCUUGUACGAGUCCAUGGUGAUCCUGCAGUGUGGUGGGUGUCCCAGUUUGUCAAAUACUUGAUCCGCCCGCAACCUUGGCUGGAAAAGGAAAUAGAAGAGACUACUAAGAAGCUUGGCUUCAAACAUCCAGUUAUUGGAGUACACGUCAGACGUACAGACAAAGUAGGAACAGAAGCAGCCUUCCAUCCCAUUGAGGAAUACAUGGUACACGUUGAAGAACAUUUUCAGCUUCUCUCUCGCAGAAUGCAAGUGGAUAAACGAAGAGUAUAUUUGGCGACGGAUGACCCUUCUUUAUUAAAGGAGGCAAAAACAAAGUACCCCACUUACGAAUUUAUUAGUGAUAACUCUAUCUCUUGGUCAGCCGGACUACACAAUCGAUACACAGAAAAUUCGCUUCGGGGUGUGAUCCUGGAUAUACACUUUCUCUCCCAGGCAGACUUCCUAGUGUGUACUUUUUCAUCCCAGGUCUGUCGAGUCGCUUAUGAAAUCAUGCAAACACUUCAUCCUGAUGCUUCUGCAAACUUCCAUUCUUUGGAUGACAUCUACUAUUUUGGGGGCCAAAAUGCCCACAACCAGAUUGCCAUUUAUCCUCACCAACCUCGAACUGUAGAUGAAAUCCCCAUGGAACCUGGAGAUAUCAUUGGUGUGGCUGGAAAUCAUUGGGAUGGCUAUUCUAAAGGUGUCAACAGGAAACUGGGAAGGACGGGCCUAUAUCCCUCCUACAAAGUCCGAGAGAAGAUAGAAACGGUCAAGUACCCCACAUAUCCUGAGGCUGAGAAGUAAAGCUUAGAUGGAAGAGAAGGACAACUAAACUCAGUUAAAACAUUUGAGCCAAACAGUAGAUGAAGAAGGCCCCGACCUUACAACACAUGGUGAAAUGAGUAGACACCUUCAAGCACCAGGAGCAAUUGGGAACUGACAGAUGCUUCAUUGGUGGAAUUACUCUUUAACAAGGGCCACAAUGCCCUUAAACUCAUGCACAGUCCAAUAAUGUACUCACAUAUAACAUACAAACAGAUUGUUUUCUAUUUUGCCCCUUCUUUCAAGAUUAUGUCCCCAUGAGACAAACACUGCCACAUUAUGUAAUUUAAGUGACACAGACAUUUUGUGUGAGACUUCAAACAUGGUGCCUAUAUCUGAGAGACCUUUGUGACCUAAUGAGAAGACCCCGAAUAGCUCCCUACGUCAGGAGGUUGAUCCUUUGCCAGUGGUGCUAUUGUAACCACUGAAUUCACUCCAAUCAGCAGAUUCAGAAUGAGAAUGGACGUUUUUGUCUGGAUUUUUUUUUUUUUUAAGUAAUUGCAUCAGUUCACCCACCUCAUCAUUAAUAAGUGAAGGAUACAUCAGAAAAUAAAAUAUUCACACUCCAUUAGGAACUUUUGUAAAACAAUGCCAUGAACAGAUCUUUAGUACUCAAUGUUUCUGGACAUUCUCUUUGAUAACAAAAAAUAAAUUUUAAAAAGAGGAA